CUGAACCAUCCAUUCCUGGAGCAUCUAGAAGUCUCGCACAGCCACUCACUCCGUCAAACGUCGUACACAGUAUCGUCGGCUCUUGUCCAGCAUGGCCGACCCCUUUGCAGAUCGCAAUGCCAAUCCCUUUGCCGACCCCUCCGUACAGGGUGCGCUGGGAUCAAACCGCGCCUAUGACGACGACGGAUCCUCCUCGCUAUACAAGGGAGCAGGAGCUUCGCAAGCUUGGAAUACAGACUCUACUCACAACCUGGAGUACGAGAUCAGCGGGACCCCUACCCCGGCUGCAGGCGGUAGCAGUGGUGGUGGGGGAAGGGCGAGGGAGGAAGAGCUACGGAGGAGAGAACAAGAGCUAGAACAGAGGGAGAGAGACUUGCAGCAGAGGGCAGAGCAUAUCCAAAAGCAUGGCAGGAAUAAUUGGCCAUUCUUCUACCCUGUGAUCUAUCACGAUAUCACAGCCGAGAUCCCUCCGGAAUUCCAGCAAGUAGUGAAGCAUCUCUACUUCCUAUGGCUCGUCUUUGUCGGAACCCUGGUCGUGAAUCUAGUUGGCUGCGUGUUCCUGCUCAUUCAAGGCUCGUCAGAUGGUAUCAAGGAUAUGAUUGCAGCCAUCGUCUACUUCCCCGUCUUCACCGGCGGCUCAUUCCUGCUGUGGUACAGACCAGUCUACAAUGGCUUCAUGAAGGAGCACUCCCUCUUCUACUACGUCUACUUCCUCUUCGGCGGCAUCCACAUUGCCCUCUCCGUCUACCUCUUCCUCGGCAUCCCUUCAACAGGAUCAGAUGGUUUGCUCAACAUGAUUCAGUCCUGGUCCUCGUCGAGGAUCGUCGCUGCCAUCCUUGGCGUACUCGUAACAAUCGGCUUUGCAGUACAAGGACUGGGUAAUUUGUGGUACUACCGCGAGAUCUGGAAGCACAACCACGAGCAGGGUCACUCCUUUGCUCAAGCCAAGGCAGAGCUGGCUAGUCAUGGCGCCAAAGCUUACUUCACCAGGGGUAGCCAAGUCUGAGGGCUUCUGCGGAGCUGUGCAAGUCCAAAAUUGUUGCGCUCGCGAAGCUAGGCGGAAGGAGAGGGCGUCAGGGGAGAGGCGGCCCUGAAGUUGUGUAAGGGUAGAUACCAAGGCGAUCUCAACGGACCCAUAUGACUGUCGUCCUCUUGGCCGGCUUCUUUUGCCGCUCCAAGCCUCGUUCUAAUUCGCGUCAUUGUAUGCUUUUCCCCAAAUAUCUUCCUCUGCUGGCGCUCGCAGGCUGUUGAUUGAAUCUGACCGUAUGAGUCUGCCUUGUGUGACGAGCGCCUACAUUGCCCAUUCAUUCUGUUCAGGUAGAAGCGGCCGAGCGCCACUCCGCCGCGCCGGUUCAUCAUCAUCGCUACUGUCAUCUUCGUCCUCGCUACUGCUACUACUCAAAGCAGCUCCAGCGCUAGCAGCCGCCCCUUCCUCCUCCUCCUCCUC